GUUAAAAAUUAUAACAGCAAAUCAAACGAAAUUAGCAACAAAAACUGCAACAACAACAGCAACUGAAGGAGAGAAUCGAAUCGAACCGCAUCGCAUCAUCAGCUGCUUCUCAAGAUAAUGUAAAAUCAGCGUAUGCUCAAUAAAGAAAAGCUUACACAAAAAAAGCAAAACAAAAUUAAAUAUAUAAAAAAACUGCUAAACUUACAAACAAUAUUCAAGUCAAAGCGUAUUUAUAUAUAAACGUUUGUUCGAAUCAAAAUUAAAUUAUAUACAACUCUUAGCCACGAUAGGCUUCACGUACCCUAAGCUUUUAGCUAUUCCCAAGCUUUGUAAACCAUAAAAAAAAUCAAAAAAAAAAGCAAAACAAGAACUCAUGCAAAAACGCUAAACAUCUAUGCUAAAUAUAUAUAUGUAUACCUUAUAUAUAUAGGUGCUGAUCUGUGCUAAGAGCUGUCUAUCAUAAAAGAAAAAGAAACCCGAAAAACUCUUAUUGAAAGCCAACGUCAUAAAGUAAAACGCGCAACAUUUCUAGUCGCCAGCUAAGCUAUCUAUAAAAUCCCCCAGCUAAAACAAAACUAUAUAUAUAGAUAUAUAUAUUAAAUAUACUGAAGAAUUGCUGCUGCGAUGGCCAACGUUGUCAAUAUGAACAGCCUGCUCAAUGGCAAGGACUCACGCUGGCUGCAGCUGGAAGUCUGCCGCGAAUUUCAGCGCAACAAGUGUUCGCGCCAGGACACGGAGUGCAAGUUCGCCCAUCCGCCGGCCAAUGUUGAGGUGCAGAACGGCAAGGUUACCGCUUGCUAUGACAGUAUCAAGGCGACGCAACUUUUAGAGAUGGAUAACUGCAAGGGACGUUGUAAUCGUGACAAACCGCCGUGCAAAUACUUUCAUCCACCACAGCAUCUGAAGGAUCAGCUGUUGAUAAACGGACGCAAUCAUCUGGCACUCAAGAAUGCACUGAUGCAACAAAUGGGCAUAGCGCCCGGCCAGCCGGUCAUAUCGGGCCAAGUGCCAGCCGUGGCCGCAAAUCCCUACUUGACUGGCAUACCAGCCAAUACAUACAGUCCUUACUAUGCAACCGGACACUUAGUGCCUACUUUGCUGGGACCCGAUCCGACGGCCGUUGCCUCACAGCUGGGCCCGGUGGUGCCACAGACCGUACAGGUGGCACAACAGAAAAUUCCACGCUCCGACAGAUUAGAGGUCUGUCGCGAAUUCUUGCGCGGCGCCUGCAAACGGGCCGAGUCGGAAUGCCGGUUCGCGCAUCCGCAGGAGAGCGUCGCGCGGCACGACGAUGGUUCCAUAACGGUUUGCAUGGACGCCGUGAAGGGCAGAUGCGCACGUGACCCCUGCCGCUACUUUCAUCCCCCCCUGCACCUACAGGCACAAUUAAAAGCGGCCCAAACACGCGCCACCGCUGUCGCUGCUACAGCUGCGAGCUCACCUCUUGCGGCACACCAACAACUAAAUCAGCAUCAGCAGCAACUGCAGAACCACCUCCACAACAGCAACAACAGCAACAACAACAACACCAUCCACACGGCCGGCGGCGUCGCUGCUGGCGCAACAACAACAACACCAACAGCAACAACAACCACAAACAACGCUGCCGCUGCCGCUGCUGCUGCCGCCGCCGCCGCCGCUGCCGCCGCUGUUAUGGGUCAUCACACACUGGAAGUGGGCAAGAAGCGGUCAGCGGAUCCUGAAAUGUUUCCACUGAUGGAUGUUAAAACGGUUGGUUCAUUUUACUAUGAAAACUUCCAAUUCUCUGGCAUGGUACCGUUUAAACGUCCAGCUGCCGAAAAGUCUGGCAUUCCAGUGUAUCAACCCGGUGCGACAACCUAUCAACAAUUAAUGCAGCCCUACGUGCCAGUGUCAUGUGAGUAUCCCCCACAACAACAACAACAACAUCAACAACAACAACAACCAAUAUGUAGCGCCAUAACAACAACUACAACAACAACAGCAGCAACAACAGCCAGUAAUAAUAAUAAUAAUGCUGUAACUGUAACUGCUAUGACUACCAAUACCAAUACAAAUACCAAUACAAACACAAAUACAGCCACAUCCACACCAACACCAACAACAACACCACCAACAACAACAACAACAACAACAACAGCUACUAAUCAUAUUAAUAAUCAUGAUAACCAAGCGCUAGCUAACGAUUCUGAUGCAAAUCAUGAUCAAGAAAAUAAUGACACAACAGCAACAACAACAACAGCACAAACCAACACAACAACAGCCACAACAAACACUGCUAACGAUUGUAAUACAACACAAACAAUUACAACAACAGCAGCAGACACUGAUACAGCUAAUGAUACAACAAAAUCAACAGCAGCAACAACUGACACAGCUGGCACACCAGCAACAAACGGUAGCGCUAGUCCCCCCAGCACAGAGACAGCACAUGACCCCUUGACCCUGGCCAAUGGCGAUAAUAAUAAUUAUUUGUCAUAUAUUAAUAACAAUUUGAAUAAAUCAUUGAACGGCGAUGAGCUGCCUAGCGAUGCAGACAAUAACACUGCAGCAGCAACAGUUGCUGCCAGCACAACUGCAAUAGCAGCAGCAGCAGCAGCAGCAGUCGAUGCUGAUUCCAAUUCCGUUGCGCCCGCCUACAUCCAGGCGCCGCCUCAGCGCAGCUAUGCGAUUAAGCAGAAUGGCAGCGAUGCCUAUCAGCGCUAUCAUAAUGGCCAUAGCAGCGGCAUUCUGCCCACGCCCACCACCAAUGGCAAUGUCAACAGCAGCGGCAGCACCAGCAACAGCUGUCAAGCCUCGGUAGCUCCGGCGGUGCAGCAAUAUCAGCGUCUCAGCUACGCAAUGCCCGCCUAUAGCUAUGCAAAUUUGUAUAGCGGCUAUUCGAAUGCCACGCCCAUUGUGAGCAUGGCCAGCAGCUCGGUGCAGAACAGCUAUGUCCAGGCACAGCAGCAGCAGCAGCACCAACAACACCAGCAACAGCAGCAACAACAGCAACAAGCUGCUCAGGUGCAGGCCCAGGCUCAAGCCCAAGCUCAGGCCCAGGCCCAAGCUCAGGCAGCCUAUGCGCAACAGGCGUAUGCCGCCUAUGCAGCAGCUGCUGGUCUAAGUCCCGCUACUAGCUACUAUGCCGAUCCCGCCGCAUUGGCCAAAGAGGUGGCCCAGAAGAACUACGCCAUAAAGGUGGCCAAUGCAGCGGCCAAGCCCGUUUCAGCUGCCUCGGCAGCCGCCUACACAGGCAUGACACUCAACAAGAGUUUUGUUUCGGCGGCGGCGCCACCACAGCCCGUGCCACAGCCGCAACAGCAACAGGCUCAGCCUGUGUCCAUGGCAACGCUGCUGCAAAUGCAGGCACAGGCUCAAGUGCAGGCUCAAGCUCAAGCUCAGGCUCAGGCCCAAGCUCAAGCCCAGGCCCAAGCUCAGGCUCAGGCGCAGCUGCGUCAAUAUGGCUCCUUGCCCAGUUCAGGUCUGUCCACGCCCGUGGCACCCGGCACUCCGGUGCGUACGCCCUCAGCCGCUGGCUACUUGCCCGGCGCCUCGGCUGCCCUACUGCGUGCACCGAACGCUGGAGCGCCCAUGCCAAUGGCUGCCAGUCCGCAGCAGUAUGCCGCUGCAGCUGCUGCCCAGGGUUAUUUCUAUCCGGGCGUCAUGGCUGCCGCCACGCCCACAGCUGGUGGCAGCGGCUAUGCGUAUGCCAUGCCCAGCAGCCAAGCAGCCGCCGCAGCUCAACAAUACGCAGCAGCAGCCGCUGCAGCUGCAGCCGCCCAGGGCGCAGCACCCGGUACUGCCAUGGUCCUGAACCCCUAUAAGAAGAUGAAGACCUCCUAAGCGAGCAGUCGCUAAUCACACACACAGAGAGACUCGAACGCAACUGUACUUAAUGAACGUGUUGGUCCAGUUAUUCGUAGUAGUAACUAUUUAGUAUGUAGUACACAUCGAAGACGUAAGAUUAUGUGCCUCAGUUUUAACUUAAUUUAUACACUAGGUCUCGUAAUAGCAUAGCAUUAUAUUUAGAGUGUCAAAAGGCGUCCUUUUUUUAUUCAAAACAAAUUGCACCAUGACAAA